UGCUGCCUGCCUGUGCAGCAGCUGAGGAACCGUGGAUUUCAUAUUAUAGACUAAAACCCCAGUAAAACUGCUCCGGAAAAAAAAAUCUUUCCUGCAGCUGCCAGGCAACAAUGAAAGGAGAAAGGUAAAUCCUAUUCUUUUCCAAUACAACCGAAGCACUUGAUUCCAGCUCUGCUGCUUUACAUUGCAGUUCAGUGUUACUACUAGAAAUAUGGAUACUGAGAAGAGAACACAGCACUGCAUUGUCCAGCCAGGAAAACAGCAGAUGUAAAAAGCUUCAAUGCAUCAACUGUCGGAAAGAGUCAACAGUGCUCCAAAUAGAACGAACAACUACAGCUCUUUUGUCUAACAAGAGAGAAAAUGAAAGGGGAAAUCUCAGAAGACUAGGACCCAUAUGAACAAGGAGGGUAACUCGAAGACAAGCCGACAGAUGGACACUUUGGAUACUGUGAAAAGCAAUCGCAGGAGGCAGACUGUUGGGGGAUGUGCGCAUGUUCGACAGCAUCUUUUUUGCUGAAGUGAUGGCGUGCCAAAAGUACUUUCAGUGGUAUAAUCCUCUCCACAUAAAUGGCCUGACCAAGGAAGAAUGACUGCGAGGGACUCAGCGUGACUGAACUAGAAAAUGACUACCAAAGAAUAGUAUUGAUUCAGAAGAAGAAAACAGUUUUUCCAGCCACUAAUAUUUUUCAUUCCAUUACUGGAUAUUUACAACAUGCUUCAGUGGAGGAGAAGACACUGCUGCUUUGCAAAAAUGACCUGGAAUGGCAAGAGGUCUCUGUUCCGCACUCAUCUUAUUGGUGUACUUUCCUUAGUGCUUCUUUUUGCCAUGUUCCUGUUUUUUAAUCAUCAUGACUGGCUGCCAGGUAGAGCUGGAUUCAAAGAAAACCCUGUGACAUACACUUUCCGAGGAUUUCGUUCUACAAAAAGUGACACAAACCAUAGCUCCCUUCGCAACAUUUGGAAAGAAACAGCCCCUCAAACACUGAGGCCUCAACCAGCAACUAACUCCAAUAACACAGACUUUUCACCACAAGGAGUUACAGGGCUAGAGAAUACGCUUAGUGCCAAUGGAAGUAUUUACAAUGAAAAAGGUACUGGACAUCCAAAUUCUUACCAUUUCAAAUAUAUUAUUAAUGAGCCUGAAAAAUGCCAAGAGAAAAGUCCUUUUUUAAUACUACUAAUAGCUGCAGAACCUGGACAAAUAGAAGCUAGAAGAGCUAUUCGGCAAACGUGGGGCAAUGAAAGCUUAGCGCCUGGCAUCCAAAUCACAAGAAUUUUUUUGUUGGGAAUAAGUAUUAAGCUAAAUGGCUACCUUCAACGUGCAAUACUGGAAGAAAGUAGACAAUAUCAUGAUAUAAUUCAACAGGAAUAUUUAGAUACAUACUAUAAUUUGACGAUUAAAACACUAAUGGGUAUGCACUGGGUUGCAACAUACUGUCCACAUAUUCCAUAUGUUAUGAAAACUGACAGUGACAUGUUUGUCAAUACUGAGUAUUUAAUACAUAAGUUAUUGAAGCCAGAUCUGCCUCCUAGACAUAACUAUUUUACCGGUUACCUAAUGAGAGGAUAUGCACCCAAUCGAAACAAAGACAGCAAGUGGUACAUGCCACCAGACCUUUACCCAAGUGAGCGUUACCCUGUCUUCUGUUCUGGAACUGGUUAUGUAUUUUCUGGCGAUCUGGCAGAAAAGAUAUUUAAAGUUUCUUUAGGUAUCCGUCGUUUGCACUUGGAAGAUGUGUAUGUAGGAAUCUGUCUUGCCAAGUUGAGAAUUGAUCCUGUGCCCCCUCCCAAUGAGUUUGUGUUCAAUCACUGGCGAGUUUCUUAUUCAAGCUGUAAAUACAGCCACCUAAUUACCUCUCAUCAGUUCCAGCCUAGUGAACUGAUAAAAUACUGGAACCAUUUACAACAAAAUAAGCACAAUGCCUGUGCCAACGCAGCAAAAGAAAAGGCAGGCAGGUAUCGUCACCGUAAACUACACUAAAAAGAAUAAUUUUUUUCAAGUGUGCAAUCUGUAAAUAAUGCUAAAAGCAUGUAUGAUUAAAAUACAUUCAUAGGACAAGUUUUAGUUAAAACUCACCACAUAAAGGAAUUCAAAAAUUAUUUUUUAAAUUUCUGAAGGUAACAGUUAACAGUAUGACAUCAUAAUGAUGACAAGAUAUCCCAAGCGAAUCUAAAAAACUGUACAAGGCAAUUCUAUGUAUUACCAUGCAAUAACAAGUAUGCGUACACUGAUGGUUCAAGUCUUAUGUUAGGGCCAAUAAAAUAUAUCUGCAUAUAUUUUCACAUAAAUUUUAAUUUAAGAAAUGAAGACAGUCAAAAGACUCUUCAUUUUAGAUUUAGCUUUUCAUUUCAAUAUAUAAUUAAAUGUAAAUAAAACACUGCUAACAAUUUUAAGGACACUUUGUAAUUGUGCAAAGGACAAAUUUUCUGAACUAUUCUAGGGUUUUAAAAACCUAAAUUCCAUGCAAUAAGAUUCAGUUGAGUUAUUCCACAAACUGCCAUAAAGUUCAGAUGUCUCACCAAUACUGUUUUCAUCUAUUUAAACUUUUAAAAAGUUGAGAUACUCAUCGUAUUUCUUUUAUUAUUACUCAUAUAUAUUGGGCGAAUUAUUUCAACAUGACGUGAUAAAAUGUGAAAAAUUAAUGUGUCUCAGGCUGAAGUUUUUAUUUUAAAAAGUUAUCAAGUGUUACCAAAUAGAUAAAUUUUGUUUCUUCACUGGUGUUACAAGCCAAGCUAGUAUUUUAUUGAGUUAUUCAAUUAGAUUAAAUACUAUACUCUUGAAGAGUACUGCCAUUUAACUUCAAGUAUAUCUGACUUCAAGUAUUCCUGUAAAAAUAAAUCAUGUUUGUUCCUCUAACUGAAGAAAAAGUAAUCACUAAAAAUAGUGGAGAUAUUACAGGAAAAAGAGUACAGCAGCAGUUUCAUUCAAUACAUUUUUAAGAUGCAUGUCUGCCAAACUGCAACAUAUGGAAAGCUUAUUUCCUGACGGCAGGUGUGCACAUGCCAACACUUCACCAUUUUAUGGCACCUAUUUCUUUCUCUGAGUGCCAAGUUUACAAACCUGCAGUUUUUAAUUUGGUAGAUGACAAAAUUCUGCAUCACCAAUUAAAAACCUCUUUGGGAGGGAUGGAGGGAAAAAGUACAAAUGUUUGAUGAACACUUGACUCUAGGGUGAAUAAUGUGUAUGAAGCACUUUUAUCAAGUUUUUAAUAAAAAGAUAAAAAACUUUA